GUGUUUGUGUUACUACACACGGUAGUGAUAAUAAAACUCGGUAUCUUUUGCCAGACGAUAAUAUAAUUUUAUUGCACGAGUACGGUGCCCGUGGGUAAUCGUGCGUUUGUCCGGUAAUAAUAAUAAUCGACACACGAACGCUGUUUUGGUGUAAUGGUCGGACGGUCGACCGUUGGUGCGGCGGACAUGCCAGGUAAUAUUAAUAUGUGAACCAAACGCAGUGUUGUGGGUGUGAACGUUCGACGGUGGUUCGGGCGGUUGCUGGGCCAUGGGCAAGGACCAGGACCUGGUGGUUGCCGCCAAAACCGGCAAUCUGAACGCGGUGGAAAAAAUUCUCAUACAAAAGGCCAAGAGAUCCGGACCCUUGGCGAGUUUGAGACGCGGUGCUGGUGUUAACACUCAAGACCAAACUGGGUUUACAGCAUUACAUCAUGCUUCACUUAAUGGAUACAAGGAAAUAGUACAACUUUUGCUGUGCAAUGAAGCUUCUACAAACGUGGUUGACCACAAAGGCGCUGCUCCGUUACAUUUGGCGGCAUGGACAGGCAAUGUUGAAAUCGUUCGUUUAUUACUUUGUCACGGGCCUUCGAUCCCAAAUGUUAACCAUAUGACAAAAAAUCGGGAGACACCCUUGCAUUGUGCCGCUCAAUAUGGUCAUUCGGGCGUGGUUGCGCUUUUACUGGAACAUGGUGCUGAUCCAACUAUAAGAAAUCACAAACAUGAAACUGCCUUGGACUUAUGCGCACAAUAUGGGAGACUGGAAACCGUGGAAUUAAUUCUUGCAAAACGGCCAGAAUUAAUUAGGUCGUAUAAUUCUCGAGCUGCUGGCAUUAUGUUUGCACAUACUCCAUUACACUUAGCAAGCCGCAAUGGACACAAGACUGUAGUAGAGCUAUUAAUGACAGCCGGAAUGGACGUCAACGUCCGUACCGGUAGCGGCACUGCUCUUCACGAAGCUGUUCAAUGUGGCAAGACUGAAGUAGCUAGAUUGCUAUUAGAUCACGGUAUCAAUACUCAAAUUAGAGAUAUCCAUAGACGAACUGUAGAGGAUCUGCUUAAACAAUUUCCAUCGAAGGUCGGCCCCGCUGUAGAAAUAACGGCUAUGUUGCAAAGCCACAAGUUCAACAAUAAUAACGAUAGCGAUCUGGAAACGGAUAGGAGAAGUGAAAACGGUGAUUCUGUACCUAUUCCCUUGAGUAGUCCGUACGACAGCAUGUUAUCUCCUAGUCCUUCGCCUACCCACUGGGAAAUGUACAAAAAUCGGCGUGUGUCUGAAAGUUCAGCGUUUUCAUCUGAUGGGCACGGUCAAUGGGGCCGAGGAUAUAAAAGUGGAGCCCCUAAUGCUCUUUCGAGGUCCUUUAUAGACUCCAAUUUUCUUUCGGGACCUGAGUUGGACACUGUGAGCAUUGGCUCUUCGACAACUUCUAGCGGACAUAGACCUACGUCUUCCCCUUUCUACUUACCGAUGGCUCCUUUAAGUCCAGCCACGUCUAAUGUUUCUCCCAUGACAUCCAAAAGACUGAUAUCUGAAACCGAUUCACCCUCGAAAAUGUCAACUACGAACUGUAGUGGACCUUACGAAUAUUUAUACUUAGCGACUUCCGGAUCGCAAUCUUCCGAUCAAAACCGCAAGACUGAUAUAUUGCGUCGAGGCAAAUCGGCAGAUCAAUAUAUCGAAAUGAAAUUACGGCCAACGUCAGGUGAAGAACCCGUAGCGUUAACGUCUUUAUACCAAAAUGUUCCUAUUCGAACCACAAAUCCUCGCCGAAAGCUCAAACGUCAAAGUGGAGAUCAGGAUCCCGGUGCCUUAUUGGCUCGGGGUGACUUACAGUUCAAACUCGUUGAAUUAGAACCAGCCACAAUAAAUCAAAUCAUAGUUUCUGAUCGCAACGGUUUUAUUACUACUACUAUUUCGUCUUCGCGAGAAAGUCUUCUGGACGGCGACGACACUGCCCUUUUCGAUUGGCCGUCGAGUCCUACAAAUUAUCAUCAACCACCUACGCCUGAUCAUCCACCUCCAUCGCCGUUCCAAGCUGAACGGAGUAUACACGCAAGGAUGCGGCCUUUAAGUCAGGAAUACAUAAAUUUGAAAAGGAAGUCUAGGGACAUGGAAACCGAGACGGAAGAAGACUUAUUAGUCGUAUCGUGGGAACCUAUGUCCCGAGUAUCUUCCACCGAUAAAAGCGUUUCUACAGCCGAAGAAACUCCCAUUGAAGAAUUUUUGGGUGACCCCACUUAUGCAGGACUGCUCAAAGGAUCGGUUAGUAUAAAUCGAGCUGAAAGACCGAAGACAUUACGUAAAUUGAGAACGGUUUACGAUCCUCCUGUUACGACACAGUCUCCAGGGUCUACUGAUGAUCAAUCUAAAAAUUCGUCGAAAGAUUUGUUAAGUCCUUUCGACGAACAAGAAGAAUGGGCGAAAAUAUCUGAUCUGAUAAACUUGGGAAGUGAAAAUGCGAAAGAAUCAAUGUGCAGCGAACUAGAAAAAGAAUUUCAAACGAGAUUAGGACUAAGUCGAUCUGAAAGCAAAGAAAAACCAAAACCCAAAAUUGAAAGUCCGACUUCUGUUGAAUCUUGGUUGUUUGGCUUAGGCUUUCAAGACUAUACCGCCGCAUUUAUUGAUUACGGUUAUGAUAAUUUGAACUUCAUUAGCGGCGUUGUAGUAGACGAUGAUCUAAAGUGCAUGGGAAUAGAAAACAAAAACGAUCGCCUGAAAAUUUUAGAAGCUGCUCGCGGUUUACCGUGCGUGGUGAAAGAUUUUUGGUUUAAACAUCAUUCCAAAGACACUCCCGAAGCGAAGAGUAAAUCUAUAGACGAUUUGGACUCUGUCGGCGGUGACGAAGAAGAUGCUACACAAGUCGAGCAGUGGUUGAAGAGUAUCGGUUUAGAAUGUUACAUCAAUACGUUCCUGAAGCAUCUGUACACCGAUCUAGAACGGAUAGCGAGGAUUUGGGAGAUUGAACUCACCGCUGUACUAGAAAUCACCAAACCCGGUCACAGGAGAAGAAUACUGUCGUCAGUUGACAGUACAAAAUCUCAGCUGCACCAAGCCGUCUCCGUUGGCGAUGGCUUGAACGAUGUCGGAAACGAUCUGAAACAAUUUAAAAGCAACAUUCAAUCGACAAAGGAAAAACCGUCUACCAGACAUUGCUCUCAACUGGUGUCGGGAACGGCUACUCUCAGACAUAAUCCAAAGAAAUCUAGGCACGCACCUCUUCCUCCUCAGUUUCAAAAUUCUUCCAACAAAAACGCCGACUUGGUCAUUCGAGGUCCGUCCGAAUUACUUUUCGGUGUUCCGCCUACGUUGACCACUCAGUGGAGACAUCAACCCGACACGUUGGUCACCGGCAACGUCGAGUACUUAGCUUCGUAUUUGGGGUCGACCGAAGUCAAAGAACCACGAGGCACCGAAUCGACCAAACUGUCGAUACAAAAGCUCAAACAAGCGGUGGCUUCCGGUACUCAGCUGUCGCUUCCCGAAGUGGUACUGGCCAUAUCUUAUCGAGGGGUGAGGUUUGUGGUUCCGACGUUGGCCAAGUCGGUUUGCGAGCACGAGAUCUGCAACAUCAAUUGCGCUUCCCAGGACGCCGACGAUCUCAAUCAUUUUGCAUACAUCACAAAAGAUCAUCACACUAAUUUACAUUACUGUCACGUGUUCAGCGUGUCGACCAUGGAUCAGGCGACCGAGAUCAUAUUGACACUGGGCCAAGCGUUCGAGGUGGCCUACCAGAUGGCACUCAAAAGUCAGACGGGCAACGGCUCUCGCACAGGAAGCAACGGUCACACGAGGUCGCAUUCGGCGAAUCACGUGUUGCCCCCAGUAGUUCCCGGGGGAGACCGACCACACGGUCGGGGAAGUGCGCAACAACACUCGAGGUCACAUUCGGUAAACGAGAUCAAGUUCAAUGGCGGCAUCCAAAAGAUUGAUUCGGUCGAAAAGCCAGGUCGUUGAACGUUUUUACAUUUUUUUAUUAAUGACCUACGAUGACCAAAUAGUUACCAAGACGAUAAUAUUUUGUUGUCUACAAAACCGCCAUUGUCGAUAUGACCGUAAAAAGAUUACUAUCAUGCUCAAUAUAUAGGUACUCGGAAGAAAAAAAAUCUUGCGCUUUUCGUUUUUUUGUUUGUUUUUCAAUCUCAACGCUAGAUCGACCUUUUGGAAACGUUUGCAUUUUAAAUUUUAAAACGUAACAAAUCUAUUUAUUUUAUAGACGCCAACGAUAUAAUAAUAUUAUAUAUAUUUAUAUAUAAUAAUAAUAAUACUUACGUUUCGUUGAUUUUAAAUAUCGAAUUCUAUGGUAUUUAUUUAACACUUAUUAUGUAGUCCUAUAGAGAGAAUAAAAUAAAUACCCUAGCCUAAUUCGUUUUACUAAUUUAAUAUUAUACAUAGUCAAUAGUUUUUAAUCUGUAUUUCAUUAAUAACAACCUCAACAUGAAUGUUCACUAACUUAAUUUUAUAAAUUAGGUGCUACCAUAAUAUUUUACUCUGGCGUUCCUAUUUGACUUAAUAUAAUAAUACAAAAUGCGACAGCCGUCUUUAAAGUUUAAACAAAUCGAGGCCAAAUUCAUUUUACACCCAAUUUUUUGUGAUAUUUGUAGUACCUUAUUUUACAUUUUAUAUAUAUUUUAUUAAUUAUCGUAUUGUUUGUUUAUUUGUUUUGUAUAUAUAUAUGACAAAUGUGUAAUCUCAUUUUUAUUAUUAUUGUAAUUUUUUUUUUAACUAUGAAAUCAAAAACACCAAUGACCCCCCCCCC